GGAGCAUUUGGACUUGGUGUUUACAAAAUGUAUUAAUUUAAAAAACAACGAAAUUGUAUAUGAAAUAUGGCCACUGUUUACAACGUUCUACCCACUGCUCAAGAGUUCUACUAUUACUUACAAUAUCGUGCUGAUCUUGCCGAAGCUAGGCGCCAUGAGAGAUUCCUUGCCGCGCUGUUCCUACAGCGUGUGAUCAGGGGCUAUUUAAUAAGAAAACAUGUUGCUUGGUUGUCGAAGAACGCUACUGUUAUACAAUGCGCUUUUAGAGUUCAUUUGGCAAGAAAGGCAUAUCGUGCAGCUUUAAGGAGAGCAGUUCAGCAAAAGCAUUCGAAGCACUACUCGAAAGCCGCUACAAAAAUUCAGGCAUUAUGGAGAGGACAUUAUUCAAGACGAACUAAGUUUUGUUACCGGUCAUACAGAAAAUGGUUGGCAACAGUCACUGAAAGGGGUGAGAGACGAGCUGCUGAAGCAGCAGAAUUUGGUGUACGAAGCAGAGCUGAUGAUCUCAGGAUUUUGGAAGAAGAAGCACGCCAAUGGCUAGCCUUUGUGGUGUUCAAACUUCACCAUCUGCUAAGAACACACGUGUGUGCCGGUGUUUACUCAGAACCAGGCUCGUUUGAACUGUCUGAAUUCGAAAAGCUUCUUAAGUCUAUUCAUUACACUGAAUACAUACGGCGGCUUAAACGUAAAUACAGAGAGUUUGUGCGGAAAUUCAGACCAAAAUUUAGCAACAAAAGACUAUUCCCAAUUAUUGGAGAUGGUGCUGAUUAUUGGUACCUUUCGUUGCCUGAAAUGUACGAACUGACUUCGCCGGUGACCCAACAACGAGAUACAAGGCAUAUCGCUACGCAUCAUGGUCCCCAACAUAAACAACCUUUCCUCUGGCGAAGAGUGCGACCAACUCUAGAAGUCGGGCGAGGGCCGUUCAAGUUACCGAAACAUCCCACCACAAAACUGCCUCCGACACCAGCCCCAACACCAAGUGGUGACGCAAAACCAUACAAAGAUCCAAGAUUUCAUCUAUACGUUAAAUAUUACACGCCACAACCAGAACUUUUUGACUACGUCGACUAUCACAUUAACGUGCUCCUAGCUAGAAAAUGUUCCAUACAAAAUAUAUAUAAUGAAAAAUGAGACUUUUGUUUUCAAAGUUAAUGCAUAAAUUGUUCAAGUUCAUAUUCAUAUUUUGCAAUGUUAGCACAAUGGGUUGUUAGGCACAUUCCUCACAAAAACAUUUUGGUCUUUUUUUUCCUUUUCUUAUUCGGAAAUCCGUAAUCAGAGUGAGUUUGGAAAGGCCGUCCGGAUGUUGCGAGCCACGAGCCUUUUGUUGUUUCUCUUUUGUUGUUGUGAGUUUUACACUUGUAAUUUAUUUGAGGAAACGCCUCGGUGAGAAAGGAAUUACGUUAAACUCUCCGAGGCAAAUGUGUUUUGUAAAUUAACAUCUCGCCUUCGUGAGUUCUAUGUUAUGUUACAAAUAAUCAUUAAAAUAAUAUAUUUUAUUUUA